GCCAUGUUGGAGCAGGAGUGGGUUCGGGUGGCUAUUUUCUGACGCCGUAUGUUUUUCUUUAAAAUUAUCCGCCUUCGCACAUAGCUGGUGUCUGUCAAACGAGCGCGUUUGGCGCUCUGAGCGACAGUGACCAUGAUGAACUCCAGUGUCGACCUGUCCCGGAGGAAUCCGCAGGAGGAUUUCGAACUGAUCCAGAGGAUAGGAAGCGGCACUUACGGAGAUGUGUACAAGGCUCGCAAUGUAAACACAGGGGAGCUGGCUGCUAUCAAAGUCAUCAAACUGGAGCCAGGGGAGGACUUUGCCGUCGUCCAGCAGGAGAUUUUGAUGAUGAAGGACUGUAAACACUCCAACAUCGUAGCAUACUUCGGCAGUUAUCUCCGGAGGGAUAGGUUAUGGAUCAGCAUGGAGUACUGCGGGGGAGGUUCUCUACAGGACAUCUAUCAUGUAACCGGGCCUUUGUUAGAAUCUCAGAUAGCCUACAUGUCACGGGAGACUCUGCAGGGUUUAUACUAUCUUCACAAUAAAGGCAAAAUGCACAGAGAUAUCAAGGGUGCCAACAUCCUGCUAACAGACAACGGCUACGUGAAACUAGCCGACUUUGGUGUAUCAGCGCAGAUCACAGCAACCUUGGCCAAGAGGAAGUCGUUCAUUGGGACGCCUUACUGGAUGGCUCCAGAGGUGGCGGCAGUGGAGAGGAAAGGAGGUUACAACCAGCUGUGUGAUAUCUGGGCUGUGGGCAUCACAGCAAUAGAGCUCGCCGAACUGCAGCCACCCAUGUUUGAACUGCAUCCCAUGAGGGCUCUUUUCUUAAUGACUAAGAGUAAUUUCCAGCCGCCUAAGUUGAAAGACAAGGCCAAGUGGACAGACAACUUUCACCAUUUUGUAAAAGUAGCCCUGACCAAGAAUCCAAAGAAGAGGCCCACAGCGGAGAAGCUGCUACAGCACCCAUUUGUGUCUCAGCCCCUGAGCAGGACGCUGGCUAAAGAGCUGCUGGACCGAGCCAAAAACCCCGACCACAACAACUACAAUGACUUUGAUGACGACGACCCUGAGCCAGAGUCUCCGGUGGCUGUCCCUCAUCGGAUCCGUUCCACCAGCAGAAGCACCAGAGAAGGAAAGACCCUCUCUGAGAUCAACUUCGGUCAGGUGAAGUUUGACCCCCCGCUGAGAAAGGAGACGGAGCCCCAUCAUGAACCGUGUGAUUCUGAGCCCUAUCUGGACUGUGUUGAGGAGCUCUACUAUACCGCGAGAUCUAAUCUGGACUUGCAGUUGGAGUACGGCCACGAUUCACCUUGUCUGCUUGGAGGAAACAAGAGCCUUCUCAAGUCUGUAGAGGAGGAGCUGCAGCAGAGGGGCCAUGUGGCACACUUAGGGGAUGAUGAGGAUGAGGAUGAUGAUGGUGCAGAUGAUGAUGAAACUCACACUCAUAAGAUGAACACUAUCCUGAGGCCAAAGGUCCCACCCCCACUUCCCCCUAAGCCCAAGUCCAUCAGCUCGCCCCAGCCACAGCCGAAACAAGAUGACAGCCAAUCGCACAGCGAGGACGACGGCGGUGGCGGCACCAUCAAGCGCUGCCCGGCCCCGCAGACUCCCAGCCCCGCCAAGCCCGCCUCCAAUGUGCCCCCGCGGCCGCCACCCCCGAGGCUGCCGCCCCACCGCCGCAGCAGCCUAGGUAACGAGACCGCGGCGUGCGCGGAUGCAGAAAAGUCGGCCCCGGAGGAUGACGGGAGCUUUAGGCAUUUCUGGGAGUGGCUCCACACGCCUCACACUGAGGAGGAGCUGGAGGAGGCGUGGGAGGUGCUGAAGGAGGUGAAAGAGGAGCAGGAAAAAGAGGAUGAGGAAGAGAGGAACGGCGUGAACUCAUCGCACAACGGCGACCGCGACAGUCCUGCAGACAGACAGUCCACGAUGCCCCCUAGUGUCCCAAUACGGAAAGACAAGAAGGACCUUCCGAUGCCAAGUAGCAACGGCCUCCCACCCACACCCAAAGUCCAUAUGGGUGCAUGUUUCUCCAAGGUGUUCAACGGCUGCCCUCUCAAGAUCCAUUGCGCCACUUCCUGGAUCAACCCCGACACCAGAGACCAGUAUUUGAUAUUCGGAGCUGAAGAGGGAAUUUACACACUGAACCUUAAUGAGCUGCAUGAGACCACAAUGGAACAGCUCUUCCCUCGCCGGUGCACAUGGUUGUACGUCAUGAGCAAUAAUCUUCUCUCUGUGUCGGGAAAAGCCUCCCAGCUGUACUCGCACAGCCUGUCGGGACUGUUUGAGCAGGCCCGACAGUUGCAGAAGCUACCAGUAGCCAUUCCCACACACAAGCUGCCUGAUAAGAUGAUACCCAGGAAGUUUGCUGUUUCCACUAAAAUUCCAGACACUAAAGGGUGCCAAAAGUGCUGCGUGGUGCGGAACCCUUACACAGGCCACAAGUACCUCUGUGGGGCCUUCCAGUCCCAUGUCAUGCUGCUGGAGUGGGUGGAAUCCAUGCAGAAGUUCAUGCUCAUCAAGACCAUCGACUUCCCUCUGCCAUGCCCACUGGAGGUGUUUGAGAUGUUGGUGGUGCCGGAGCAGACCUACCCGCUCAUCUGCGUGGCGGUCAGUAAAGGGACGGAACUCAACCAGGUGGUCCGCUUUGACACCGUCAACCCCAACGCUACCUCCUCCUGGUUCACAGAGACGGACACACCUCAGACGUGCGUGAUCCACGUCACGCAGCUGGAGAGAGACACCAUCCUUGUCUGUCUCGACCGGUGUAUCAAGAUCGUUAACCUCCAGGGCAGAUUGAAAUCCAGCAGGAAGCUGUCAGCCGAGCUCACCUUCAACUUCCAGAUCGAGUCCACAGUGUGUCUCCAGGAUAGCGUGCUUGCCUUCUGGAGGCACGGUAUGCAGGGGCGGAGCUUCAAGACCAACGAGAUCACGCAGGAGAUCUCGGACAGCACACGCAUCUUUAGACUACUGGGGUCAGACAGGGUGGUGGUGCUGGAGAGUCGGCCGACGGACAACCCGACAGCCCACAGCAACCUCUACAUCCUGGCAGGCCAUGAAAACAGCUACUGACACACAAACACACACAAACAUGCUAACAACUCGCAUAAGGAGCCUAGCAACUAGCAAGGAAGCGCGCAAGGCCCUGAGUGACACGCACGAGGCCGCUCCGCACCCCCUCCCUGCAAACCCCGCCCCUUCUUUUCACCCCUCUCACCCGACCUGCAGUGCGGUCGGCGUCACUGAGAGACGAGCAGUGCUGGAGAGGCACCACGGUGCGUUUAAAGGUGACGGCGGCGGUGGUUUGAGAUCUAUUUCCCACCCCCCCAAAAAAGUGUAGAAACAUCCUGCUCGUGAAGCCCCGCCCCCCUUACCGUCCCUCCCCAGCACGGAGGUGUGUCCUCCACAACCCUUGUACUACUAGUCGUACACAUCGUGCUACUACUGCGGCCUGCCAUCUUGCACAGACCCUAAGCCUCCUAACGAUCCCCCUUCUCUCUCACGUUUAUUUAUUGUGGCAUGACGUUAACCACCGGGACGACUCUCCUGUUUUUCUAACAGGACAACUCCAAAAAAAGAAAAGAAAAGCUUUCCCACCUCCGCUUAGCAACGGCCGUCACCACAUAAGUGCUUAACUGAUGUUUAUUUAAUGGAUGUACAUAUAAAUGUAGUAUUUUUGGACAGAUAUGAACACUAAACCUGCUCGUGUAGUUAGGCGUCUGCGUAGUUGCUCUGCACAAACAAGCAAAGACUGACAAGGGGAGGAGGCAGGGCGGUACGGUAGGUCACUUCCUGGUUCCCCCGAACAUGUGACGAGGAAGCAGAGACCCCGCCCGGUCUCCUCAGAUGGACAUUUUGUUUAAAGGAUAAGAUUGGGACACACAAUGAACAACAACGUGUCACCAUUUCACUUUUUUUCUGCUAUUUUUUAAAAACCUUUUUAUGCAGUUCUCACAAGGCUUCUUUUUUUAAUGCUUUUUUUAAUUCUUUGAACCACUGGUGUUAAACAUUUGCACAGAGAAAGAGGUAUUUGUGAAAGAAAUGUGACGUCAUUUGAGUGUGCGUGUGUAUGUGUGCGUUUGUGUUAUAAAUGUGCACAUCUUGUUAUAGCAUCAAAACUGUCGGCACUAAAAAUAUGCAAAAAAAAAAGUUUUUUUUUUUUCUAUUUAAUGAACUCCUCUGCCUUUUUCUUUUUUUUAUUAUUUUAAAAUUGUUCUUUUGUUUUUUAAUCUCUUGGAUGUCUCACUCAACAGGUAAUGGAACACUCCUGCUCGCUGAACGCUAAAUGUAAUUCUAUGGAUAAAUAGCCAACAUUUAAUCUCCAUUUUCAGCUUCUCUGUAAAAUAGUCAAACAAAUAGAAAGACAUUUUUUUCUAUGGAGACAAAUUGUAAUUGUUUUUAGAGGAUUUGAAAAGGCCGUCGUCUAUGUAACACUGUGAUGCACUCAAACACUAAUGUAGCGUAAAAAAAGAAGAAAAUAUAGCAUUGAAAAUACAGAAAUCUUACAGUAGAAAGAAAAGCAAAGCACAGGUGGAAUAUUUUUAUUUGCACAGUGAGUAACACCUUCACAUCAGUGGCUAACAGUCUAAAUACCGUAUUUCCUCAUCUAGUGGCUGGGAGCAUUUGUUUUAUUUUUAAAAUUUAUUUAGUAUUUCAUUUGUAAAUGAAAGCCUCCACCUUGCUAUUUUUUUUGGGGGGGGGGGGGGGUAAUAUUACAUAAUUUAAAAAAAUCACAAAUUCAUCACUUAUUCAUAUGUAAAUAAUUUAGGGGUCCAUGAUAAUUGAGCCGAUAUGAGUAAGACCCAUAAAUCUGACAUUAAAAAUGGCUCCGAUAACCGAUAAUUUCAAAAAAUGCUCCAAUGAGACGAGAUUACCAGUACUGUGCUGGUGGUGAGCAAAUCAAGCGCUUCCUUUUACUCCUACCUGUGACGUUAACGGCCUGUCGUAACUUCCCCUGAGCUCACAAACAUUCACUGUUUUUCAGCGACAUAUCACGUGCUAGUUGUUCCAAAUGCUGCACAAUGAGGGGGAAAAAAACAAAACAUCGAGGACACAAAAACCUCAUCAGCCACCUGAAACACCAGCAUCGCUACGACGCAUGACAUGUUGUGCACAGGGGUUUCAAAAGUGCAAAAGGUUCGCAAGAGACCUCCGUGGCGGCACACCGACUGCUCGGAGUGUGUGUCCGAAUACGGCACACCCUGCUGGGCCACCAGGUAGGACACAAGAAAUUAAGUCACUCACACGUAUUUCACUCCUAUGGCCGUGCCUCUUCGUCCUGGCGCCGUGCCGCUGUAGUGUAGCAUUUUUGUAUGCUUGUAAAAACAUACUACUACAGUACUCCUCCUGUUGCAGUCCUCCUUCGAACCGAAGAUUCAUUUACAAUCUAGCAAGCAAGCAAGCUAGCGACGACACAGGAGACACGGCAGGGCGGCACAAAGAAGAUUGAUUGACAGCCAAUCAAGGCCCGUAACAGCGUUCAUACGCUCUAAUAAAAAAAAAAAAGAAGCACUAAAAAAAUUCCACCAAACAGCGAAUCCACGAUAGAGCGAGAGAACACUAUAUUACAAUAGAGUAUUAUACCAAAUUUGAAUACAUCAAUUAAUAACUCUAAAUGUUUUUGUCCAACAAACGCUGAUCCGUCUCGUUUGUUUCCAAUCCUUAAUUAUCUUCAGAGUUACAUUUUUUCAAGCUGUUGCCCCAGAAUUCUCUUUAAACUCCACCUGCAACUUCAGCUUUCCAAAUGCCACGUCCAGCCAUAGUGAAUGGAAUUACAGCCACCGAGUUAAGAACCUACUUGUUCCCCGAGGGAGGAAAAAAAACAAGGCGCCAAGAGUUUUUUCACCUCGACGUGCACUCAACUACGCAACUACUAUAGAGCGAAAGCCACUAUAUGAGGAAUUACGGUAUUGUGCAACAUUUUAUGGCAGCUGUGAAAUAUAAGCCUGAAGUAAAGUGAAUUCAAUUGUCAAGAACUUGUUUUUCUCCAAUGCGCCAGCUUACAAGUUAAGACUGCAAAAUGCUGCAGCGUUGACAAAAAAAAGUGCUGUAAUGUCGCCCUCCUGUGGUGCUGACGAGUAAUGACAUGAUGCGAGUGAGAAAUUAAAUUCAAAUCUUUUGCCACUUGCACGUUGCUUUUAGCAUGUUUGCAUGGCAUUUGUGCGUGAAUGAUACAGAAGUUUGUCGGUCAGCUCAGUUUUUUUUAAACGUUUCUAUUUGCAUUCAUUUUUAUCGUUCAUGUCUUCUAAGGUCACAUUGCCACCUUUUCUUUGUAGUUACUUUUUUUUGUUUUGUUUUAAUGUCUCACAUUUCAUGUCGUAGAUGAAACAAAUAUGGGAUUUUUGUCCGAUCUGUGACAAAAAAGUGAGACAUUCCACGGAAAUAUAUUGUCUUCUGUCACAAGAAAAGACAAGGUUGGCCUUAAUGUUUUUCAUUUUGUUCAAAAUGUGAACACUAUUCAUUCUUUACUCCCCAUCUCAACACAAACUCACACUGAUUGUCCUUGUGGCUUCUUUCACGUCUCCCACACACACACACACACACGUUGUUUGUUCAUGAUACAAUGCGCACGUUAUGACAUGUACAUAGUGUAAAAAAAAUUUCAGAAAUUGGGUUUGUUUUACAUACUGUAUAAUUGCCUAUAUUUUGUUGCGGAAGUGUAACAGAUUUAUGAGACGAGAGGUUAACAUUAAAAAGAAGGACGUUGACGCACACACUUCACCUGGUCUGGUUUUUGCUUAGCAUCACAAUCGAAAAUGAGAUAAAAUGUUAGGAUAGUCAGUAAAUAUUUAUACAGCAUUUAUUUGUAACUGUCACGUUUCACAUGUUUAUGUUUGGAAAAUUUAAAGCAAAAAUCUAAUAUUUGACCUUCAUUUCACAUCUUUCAACUUCUAACAAAUAUGUCUUUUAAAAAGUUAGCUUGAAUACAUUCAAACAUAUGACAUUAUGAUAUAUGAGUAUUAGGGCCACAUUGGAAUAAAAAAAAAAUCAGCGAUUUCGAGAAUGAAGUCGUACAUUUGCGAGAAAAGUCACAAAACGUACAAAAAAAAGUUGUAAAUUUACGAGAAUAAAGUCGCUAACUUAUGAGUCACAUAAGUCCCCCCCCCCUUUUCAUAGCUGUCUCAGGCAGUGCCUGUUACGAAGAAGUAUUAAAAUAAUCUGACUUUUCGAGAAUAAAGUCGUAAAUUUACGAGGAAAAAAUGAUAACUUUAUUUUGCAGGCAUUGCCUGAGACGGCUAUAAAAAGGGGAGGGACCGUUGGCAUUGGGCAUGAGCCGUGGGCGGGGUAAGCAAGGCGGAAGUGAGAAGGGCUAGCCAUGCUAAUCUGUUUGCUGCCAUGUCAUAAAUAAAAGCUUGCCUGAAGCAAGAGGAACGUUUCCUUCCUUCCUGAAGAGCUAUGCUCUACAUUCCCUCUGACACGUAUGAUACGUAAUAUUACAACUUUAUUCUUCUAAUAUUACGAUUUUGUUUCUCGGAAAUUUACGAGUUUAUUCUUGAAACCUCCGAUUUUAUUUUUUUUUUUUUAUGUGGCCCUGAUGCUCCAUCGUACAAACAUAUGCAUAAAUAUAUGAUGAUGUUAACACAAAAAAAAAAUCGGAGUGCCGGUUAAUGGCACGUAAGGCUGGAUGGCGUUGCAGAUGAGUUCAAGUUAAACUGCAGCCGGUAGCGGUUAUGAUUGCGUAGUACACUAGAAUGUUUUUCAGAAGGACUACGCUGUGUUAAAAUGCUCACAACACCAAAAAAAACAAAGUAUAAGUACUCACUUGAAACAUUUCUGUCAUACUGCUGUCAUAGAUAAAUAAACAACUAUGAAAUAAAGUGAUUUUGACACCAAACACCCCCCCGCCCCACCACCGUGACGUCACUGGUCACUGCGAGAACACGUUGUGGGAACCAGAUUCAAACACAUGCGGCCAUGAA